AUGGCUACCGCUCAACAGACCAUGGGCAAGACAACAGAAGCACAGCCUGCAAAGGCGACGGCCGAUGCGAAGAAGGCGACGAUAAGAUAUCCUUUUUGGUUUGGAGGAAGUGCCAGUAGUAUGGCUGCCUGCGUAACCCAUCCUUUGGAUCUUGUCAAGGUUCGUCUCCAAAUGCGCACCGGCAAUGCGCCCAAGAACAUGGUCGGCACCUUCGUUCACAUCCUCCGCAAUGACGGCCCCCUCGGUCUCUACAGCGGUAUCUCAGCCUCGCUGCUGCGACAGAUGACAUAUUCUACCGCCCGAUUCGGUGUCUAUGAAGAGCUCAAGACACGCCUUACACGCCGUAACAAUGGCGAAACCCCCUCCUUUGCGACUCUCGUUGCCCUCGCCGCUGGUUCUGGUUUCGUGGGCGGUAUUGCUGGAAACUUUGCCGAUGUUCUCAAUGUGCGCAUGCAGCACGAUGCAGCGCUUCCUCCGGCUGAGCGUCGAAACUAUCGCCAUGCUUUUGACGGCAUGGUUCGUAUGGCGCGUGAAGAAGGUCCCAAGAGCAUGUUCCGGGGUUGGUUGCCCAAUAGUGGUCGUGCCAUGUUCAUGACCGCCGGUCAGCUCGCCAGUUAUGACGUUGCCAAGAGCCUGCUGCUCAAGUAUACUCCCAUGGAGGAUAACCUCAAGACUCAUUUCACCGCUUCGUUCAUUGCUGGUCUGGUUGCUGCUACUAUCACAAGUCCUGUCGACGUUAUCAAGACUCGUGUCAUGUCCUCGACGCAUGACCACGGAGUUCUCCAAUUGAUGCGCGACAUUCAUCGGACCGACGGCCUUAUGUGGAUGUUCAAGGGCUGGGUGCCCAGCUUCCUUAGACUCGGACCGCAAACCAUCUGUACAUUUGUCUUCCUAGAGAUGCACCGCAAGGCGUACCGCAAGGUACAGGGCCUAGACGACAACCUAUAG